AAUAUUAUAUUUUAGGUGUUUGUGUUUAUUUUUCUUUAAGUUACUUUGAUCAAAAUUUAAACUUGAUUUGAGCCAGAUUUGUAGCUUAUUUUAGUAUAAAACACGCAUUUAAGGCUCAGCUGUUUUUCUGAUGAUCAUUUCUGAACUCUGAAGGUUGUUUUUCCUCUCGAUGAAGAUGCAGUGCGCAUCAGAGAGGAGGAAGAGGAGGACGUCUGGAGUGGGAGGCUUAAAAACUUCAACAGAUUUUUGUGAAUGAAGGAGGAAUACGGGGGGGCGGGGGUCAGUCAGUCAUUCAGACAGGCGCUCGGAUCGCCUGCUGCUCCCGGGAUCAUGACCCUGGACCGCAGACCCAUGGAUGAGACCGACGUGGACGCGGAAGCUGCGACGGACCGCCGGGGAGAUGACAGGGAAGAAGCGGCUCGCGCGGACGCGGAGCGGCGCGCGCCCUCAGCAGGAGUCCGGGCGCAGGACGCUCCGGGCAGGAGAGGCGCCUCCAAGCCUCCGUACUCCUACAUCGCUCUGAUCACCAUGGCGAUCCUCCAGAGCCCGAAGAAGAAGCUCACACUCGGUGAGAUCUGUGAGUUCAUCAGCCAGCGCUUUGCGUAUUACCGGGAGAGGUUUCCCGCGUGGCAGAACUCCAUCCGCCACAACCUGUCCUUAAACGACUGCUUCAUCAAAAUGCCCCGGGAGCCCGGGAAUCCUGGCAAGGGGAAUUACUGGACCCUGGAUCCCAUGUCGGCGGACAUGUUCGAAAAUGGGAGCUUUCUCCGCAGGAGGAAGCGCUUCAAGAGGCACCAGUUCAGUUUGGGGGCGCUGGAGGAGCAGUGGGCGCAGGAGCGCAGGCUGGCGCCAGCCUCCCCUCUGGGAGCGCACACUUUUGCGUCCUGUCUCCACAGGCCAGACUCCAGGCGGGAUGCGGGAUCCCAGGUCGGCCCCAGCAGCAUCAUCCCCGCGCUCUCCUCCCUUCUGUCCGGGAGUUCUCCGUCGCUGCUCAUGUUUGAACAUCUGGACUCGUUGCGCUGCGUCACCGUGCCGCAGUUUGCGCCAAACUCCCCGUUCCUGCCCUCCGCCGCGCUGCCCAGCAUGAUGCCCAGCACCCCCCUGUCAUACCUGCCUCUUCUACCCGCUGGGAUUACGAACAUUUCAUCCAAUCUAAUCUAAGAAAUACGUUUUUUAUGCUGAAGAAGAGAGAACUUUGAGCAAAAAUAAACGUUUUAAGACGAUUCAUAUUCAGCUUUAAAAGUUUCAUGUUUUUAUAAUUAUAUUUUCACUUUAAAUUUUGUUUAAUAACUUAGUGUGAAUGAAAUUAGAAUUUAGGUUUAAAAUGAUGUCAUUUAUUUCUUGUCAGAUUUUAAACUUUCUUGCAAUUGAAAAAAAAAAUAAAUAAAUGUGCAAACAUUGAAUUCAAAUUAAAAAGAGAGAUUAAAAUUGGAAAAAAAAAUACGCACAAAGAAGGAGAAACUAUAGAGUAUUUAAAAUCUAUUUAAAAUGUGCAACAUCAACCUUUUGUUGUCAUGGGUAAAAGUGACCCUAGAAAAUUUAACAUUUUCCAACUUGAUUUGUGAUGCUUUGUUUUCUGUUUUUUUUUAUUAUUACUUUUAUUUUAUAUCUGGUACAAAGACCUUUUUAUGGGUCAUUUUUGACCCGUGAAAGAUAAAAACCUCUGAAUACCAGUUAAAGGGCCACAAAAAAUGUAAUAAAUAUUUUUAAUGAAUUAAUUUAAUUUCAAAUGCUUCAUGAUGCACAAUAAAUUUUUAAAACUAAAAUUAAUUCAAGUUGUUUUAUUUUGGGGCUUUGGUAGGUCGGGUCAUUUUUGACCCACGAGGGAUAAAAGCGUUUCAACACAAGGGACAGUUUGUUUCAUGAUGAACAAGAGAUUUUAUUUUUUAUUUUUGUUAAAAAUGAAUGGAAGUUGCUUUAUUUUGGGCUAGUGUGGGUCAUUUUUGACCCGUGCAUGAGAAAGGAGAACAGGUUGUUUCAUGAUGUACAAUAGAUUUAAGAUCUAAAAUUAACUGAAGUUGCUUUAUUUUGGGGCUUUGGUAGGUUAUUGGGUCAUUUUUGACCCGUGAGUUAUAAAAGCGUUAAAAGUUUAUCAGCCACCUAAACUCUCUUUAACUCACACACCUACAUACUCACACCUCCUUUGUAUUGUGUAGCAAAAAUAUAAUUAAAACAUGAAAUAAAUUGAGUUAAAUUCAUAAUUGUUGUUUCAUGAUGCACAAUAGAUUAAUUUUAGACUUAAAAUUAAUUGUAUUUACUUUGUUUUGAAGCUUGGUAGGGUCAUUUUUGACCUGUAGGACAACAGAAGUAGAAUGUUAAGAUUACCCAGGGGUCAUUGUGGUCUUGAAUUCAUAAAAAAUCUUUUUUGAAAUGCUUUAAAAACAUUUUUUGGGUGUUAAAUAGUUAUAUUUAAAACAGAUGUUUGACUAAAGUGUUUUAACACUUCAAAUCCUUGUUAUUCUGUUUGAAUAAGUGCCUGAUUGAAAAAAAAAAAAAAAAA